AUGCAGGAACGGUUAACAGAAAAGAAGAAGUGGUGGGAUGAAGUUAUCAAAGAAGACGUAGAAGAUGAAAAAGAAGAGGAAGAAGAAGAAGAACACUCUCUUGUUGAUGAAGAUGACAAAACCCUAUCUUAUGAUGAAAUGGGAAAAGAUUAUGAAGAAGCAAUUAGUGUAGAGUGGAUUGAGAAGAGUUUAAACCUUACAUUUAGGUGUCCAUGUGGAAAGGGAUAUGAGGUUCUAAUAUGUGGAAACAAUUGCUACUACAAGUUGGUUUAG